ACGACAUUGUUGAGCCACAACAAUGCUACGCAAGGGCAUCACCGAGAGCUUUGGGGCCGCCAUCCAUGCGCUCGACGCCACUCGGCUGACGGACGCUGUGAUCAACAGGAGCAAAAGGAUGAUUCUGGACACCCUGGGCGUGGGCUUACUAGGAACCACGACGGCCGUCUUCAACAAGGCUCUCGCGUACAGCCAGUUGUUCACCUCUGGGGAGAGGAGCGGCGUUUGGGGCAAGCCGGGCGCGACCCUCCCUCCUGCCUACGCUGCGUUCGUGCACGGCGUCGCGGUCCACUCCAUGGACUUCGACGACACGUGGCACCCAGCGACUCACCCCUCGGGGGCUGUGCUCCCGGCGCUGCUGGCCCUGGCCGAGACGCUGCCCAGCCGGCCCUCGGGCCUGGACCUGCUGUUGGCCUUUAAUGUUGGCAUCGAGGUGCAGGGCAAACUCAUGAGGUUCUCCAGAGAGGCGUACAACAUACCUGAAAGAUUCCACCCUCCCACUGUCGUUGGGGUGAUGGGGAGUGCUGCAGCCUCGGCCAAGCUCCUGGGUCUCUCCCCUGCACAGUGCAGUCAUGCCCUGGCUAUCGCCGCCUCCUCCGCCGGGGCUCCCCUGGCCAAUGCCGCCACACAGACCAAACCUCUCCACGUGGGAAACGCUGCUCGGAGGGGCCUGGAGGCCGCUCGGCUGGCCCAGAUCGGACUGGAGGGGAAUCCAGCCAUCCUAGAUAUGGACAGCGGGUUUGGGGUCUACUACAAAGACUACAGUCCUUCAGCGAUGGCAGAUUCUGCUGCCGGCGGCUUUAAGUGGAUCCUGGAAGAUCAGGACGUGGCCGUCAAGCGCAUCCCUGCUCAUUUGGGGAUGCACUGGGUUGUGGAGGCCGCUCUGGCAGCCCGCGGAAAGCUUGAAAAUACAGUGGGGAACUUUGACCUCAGCCAGAUCCGGCACAUCACACUGCGCGUACCUCCAUCCAAGUACAUCAACUGUCCCUCGCCUGCCACACAGCACCAGGCCCGGCACUCAUUCCAGUUUAACGCCUGCUCUGCCCUGUUGGACAACAGAGUGACGGUGGCCUCCUUCGGCGAAGCCCAAAUCAACCGACCGGCUCUGAAGGAGCUCUUGUCCAAAGUGAACGUGGAGACCCCCGAGGAUAACCAUCCCAGCUUCGACGAGAUGUACUGUGAGGUGGAGAUAGAAACAGAUCAGGGGCAGAGUUACGCAGCCAGGUGCGAUACCUUUUAUGGCCACUGGAGGCGGCCACUGAGUCAAGACGACCUGGUGGAGAAAUUCAGUCUUAAUGCGUCUUCCGUGCUGUGUGCACAGGCAGUGGAGGGAUUGGUUGAUGUGAUAGGUAGCAUUGAGAGACUGAGCGAAUGCUCGGUCUUGGGCUCGUAUCUGAAAAUGACAAGCAGUCCACAUAACCAGUUAUACAGCAGGAGAGGUUUGUAAUUAAACACUCUAAGAUGAAGCCAGCGUAGCAAGUAUCUGUGUGAAGCCUUGAAAUAUUUCAAACUUUUCAACAUGGUAUGCACACACGCACUCAGCUUUUCCUUCUACGGUGCAUGGGGCUGAAAUAAAGCGAACUGGAAAAGUGAAUUUGUUCCAUUUUAUUGCAUUUUUUUUGUACAAUACAAUACCAGCUACCGAUUUCCCAAAAGACUGUCAUAACACCGAUCCGCUGCAUUAGAAUAUAAUCCAGUAAGAUUGAGUUAAACAGAGAUUUUCUGUCAAACAAUACAUACGCCUGAGAAAUUAGACCAUGCCGUGC